GCUGUGUAUUGGAAGAGUGCCCUCUGUUCACUCGACUACCUCAGUCCAACGUCGUAUCAAUAUUUGCUGAGCACUAAAACCAGCGCUGGUUUCCGAACAUGGCGCGUUGGUGGCCAUUUGUGAGCAUUUUGCUCGUCUGCUAUGUAGCUGCACAAGACGAUAGUGUAGAUGUCGAAAGGGAAUGUUCCGAUCGUCCCGCUGAUGAGUACUUCCGUCUGAACACGGAAGGCGAUUGCCGUGAAGUGUACAGGUGCGAUAAUGGCCGCGAAGAUGGCAGCAAACGCUUGGCACCGAUCCGCUGUGCCGCCGGCUUGGCGUUCGAUGUGUUGCGUCAGCUCUGCGACUGGAAGUCGAACGUUAAGAAUUGUGAUGUCAAAGAAAGGCCACGCAAGGCGAAGCCCAUACUGAAGACAGAUGAGCCCAUCUGCCCCGAUGGCAAGCUGUCCUGCGGCGAUGGCGAGUGCCUCGACAAGGAGCUCUUCUGCAACGGCAAGCCCGACUGCAAGGAUGAGUCCGAUGAGAAUGCUUGCUCUGUCGAUGAGGAUCCCAAUCGUGCGCCAGAGUGCGACCCCACGCAGUGCGCUCUGCCCGAUUGCUUCUGCUCGGCUGAUGGCACACGCAUUCCCGGCGGCAUUGAGCCCCAGCAGGUGCCGCAGAUGAUCACGAUCACGUUCAACGGCGCCGUCAAUGUGGACAACAUCGACUUGUACGAGGACAUCUUCAAUGGCCAGCACCAGAAUCCCAAUGGCUGCUCCAUCAAGGGCACCUUCUUCAUCUCGCACAAGUAUACAAACUAUUCGGCCGUUCAGGACUUGCAUCGUCGCGGCCAUGAGAUCUCGGUCUUUUCGCUGACGCACAAGGAUGACCCCAACUACUGGACAAGCGGCACCUACGACGAUUGGCUGGCCGAGAUGGCUGGCUCUCGUUUGAUUGUGGAACGCUUUGCCAACAUCACCGAUGGCUCCAUCAUUGGCAUGCGCGCUCCCUACCUGCGUGUGGGUGGCAACAAGCAGUUCGAGAUGAUGGCUGAUCAGUUCUUUGUGUACGAUGCCUCCAUUACCGCCUCGCUGGGCCGUGUGCCCAUCUGGCCAUAUACCCUGUAUUUCCGCAUGCCGCACAAGUGCAACGGCAAUGCCCACAACUGCCCAUCGCGUAGCCAUCCCGUGUGGGAGAUGGUCAUGAACGAGCUGGAUCGUCGUGAUGAUCCCACGUUCGACGAAUCGCUGCCCGGUUGCCACAUGGUCGACUCCUGCUCGAACAUCGCCUCUGGCGAACAGUUCGCGCGUCUGCUGCGCCACAAUUUCAAUCGCCACUACAACAGCAACCGUGCCCCACUCGGCCUGCACUUCCAUGCCUCGUGGCUCAAGUCGAAGAAGGAGUAUCGCGAUGAGCUGAUCAAGUUCAUCGAGGAGAUGCUGGGACGCAACGAUGUGUUCUUCGUGACCAAUCUGCAGGUCAUCCAAUGGAUGCAGAAUCCCACAGAGCUCAAUUCGCUGCGCGACUUCCAGGAAUGGAAGGAGAAAUGCGACAUCAAGGGCCAGCCCUACUGCUCCCUGCCCAACGCCUGCCCGCUGACCACGCGCGAGCUGCCCGGCGAGACUCUGCGCCUCUUCACGUGCAUGGAGUGCCCCAACAACUAUCCCUGGAUCCUCGAUCCCACUGGCGAUGGCUUCUCUGUUUAAUCUGCGGCCAGAGCUUCUCUCACUUUCUAAUUUCCUUCCCAAAAACAAAAAACAAAAACUAAAACAAAAAAAAACCAACAAGAGAACAACGCAUUAGUAGUUCAACCGAGAGUCUGAUAAACUAAACACAAAACCUACACAAGCAAUAAAUUUUAAAUCUAUGUAACUUCUAUAUCCCUCUGGCCCUCAACUUGGCCACUAUCUUGGCCGCAAUCUCAACUCCCUAACCGCCUUUAUCUAUCUGCCUCUUUUAUUUAUGCAAAUCAUCUUUCUUCUCUUUAUUG